AACUCAUUUCCCAAAGAUAGUCCAAACUAGUAAAUACACAUACAACGUUAAAAAAAGCCGCUCCCAACAAAAACCCCUCUUUUUUCCUUCUUUUGUAUUUGUCCCACAUCUCUCAUCAAGCUCUGAUAAUCAUCUCCAAUGGAGAAUUACAGAUCCAAGUCAUACAGAGACGGUGGGAUGCAAAUGGAUGUCUGCUAUGGAAACAGAGGAGCCCCAACAAACAUGCAAGAUCUGAGGUGUUACAGCGCCAACUAUGCAGGCUCUUGUGCGCCGCCAAACCAGAUUGUUAAGGAGGUGAAGAUCAAGAAAGGGAAGAGCAAUAUUGGGUCAACUUCCAAAUCUUGGAGCUUCAACGAUCCAGAGCUGCAGAGGAAGAAAAGGGUCGCUGGUUACAAGGCUUAUGCUGUUGAAGGCAAGAUGAAAGGCUCUCUAAGGAAAAGCUUCAGGUGGAUCAAUAACACUUACACCCAAGUCGUCUAUGGCUGGUGGUGAAGUAAUUGAUUAAUGGGCAUUUUUAUUUUUAUUUUUUUUCCUUCUAUUUGACUAAGUCCCUUUCUGGGUUUGUUCUGUUAUGAACUGAGAAGCUCUAAAAAUAU